CUUUUAGUGAAGUGACCACUCAUGCCCGCUUUUGGGUGAAAGUUGUCGUGUGUCAAGACUGUACUCGGGUGGCUACCAGUAGGUCCGUGCAAUUAUUCUGAUUCUACAGUCGAUGUAAAGAUGGAAACAAAAACCUUCGGGGGUUUGCCUGAACUGGGGAUAUCGAACGGCGAGGAUCUGAAAGAAACUCUCACCAACUGCACUGAGCCACUGAAAGCUAUUGAUCAGUUUCAGAUGGAAAAUGGCAUCUUGUUGCCAACCCUCCAGUCUGCCCUUCCUUUUCUGGAUCUUCACGGAACACCCCGAUUGGAGUUUCACCAGUCAGUCUUUGAUGAACUCCGGGAAAAGCUGUUGGAGCGAGUGGCUAUGAUUGCUGAAGGCAAGGAGGAGGACAGAUAUGGGAAGCUUGAAGAAUUACUGGAGAAAAGCUUUCCACUGGUCAAGAUGCCAUCCAUUCAACCAGUGGUGAUGCAAGUGUUGAAACAUUUGCCCAAGGUACCAGAAAAGAAACUGAAGAUGGUCAUGGCUGAUAAGGAGCUUUAUAAGGUGUGUGCUGUGGAGGUGAAAAGGCAGAUCUGGCAGGACAACCAGGCCCUAUUUGGGGAUGAGGUUUCACCUCUCCUAAAGCAGUAUAUUGUAGAAAAAGAAGCAGCUCUCUUCAGCAGUGAUCUCUCUAUUCUGCAUAAUUUCUUCAGUCCAUCUCCAAAAUUGCGACGUCAAGGCGAGGUGGUCCUGAAGCUGACCCAGAUGAUUGGGAAGAACGUAAAGCUUUAUGAUAUGGUAUUGCAGUUUUUGCGGACGCUGUUCCUACGAACACGAAAUGUCCACUACUGCACUCUUAGAGCGGAACUGCUAAUGUCUCUCCAUGACUUGGACAUCAGUGAGAUCUGUUCUGUCGACCCCUGUCACAAAUUUACAUGGUGCUUAGAUGCUUGCAUCCGAGAGAAAUUUGUGGAUGGAAAGCGAGCCAGAGAGUUGCAAGGGUUCUUAGAUGGAGUCAAGAAAGGACAAGAGCAAGUCCUUGGGGACCUGUCUAUGAUCUUGUGUGACCCAUUUGCUUCGAACACCCUGGUGCUCACCAUCAUGAGGAACCUGCAAGAGCUUCUGAGCCAGGAUGCUUUACCUAGGGAUAGUCCUGAUCUGAUGUUGCUUCUAAGGAUGCUGUCACUUGGUCAAGGAGCGUGGGAUAUGAUCGACAGUCAAGUUUUCAAAGAACCUCGUUUGGAUUUGGAGCUCAUGACCCGCUUUCUGCCUGCCAUGAUGUCUGUGGUUGUGGAUGACCACACCUACAGUGUGGAGCAGAAACUUCCCACUGAAGAGAAGACCUCACUCUCCUAUCCUACCACUUUGCCAGAUGCCUUUACCAGAUACCUGCAGGAGAACAGAGUGGCCUGUGAAAUGGGUCUCUAUUACAUUCUACACAUUGCCAAGCUCAGAAACAAGAAUGCCUUACAAAGGUUGCUACCUGCCUUAGUGGAGACCUAUAAUGACAUGGCUUUUGGUGACAUUUUCCUGCACCUGCUUACCGGACACCUCACACUGCUUUCUGAUGAGUUUGGAGGAGAAGAAUUUUGUUCAGUUGUUUUUGAUGGCUUCCUAUUGACUACUUUUUCCAGUAAAGAAAAUGUCCACAGACAUACUCUCCGAAUGCUGCUGCACUUGCACCACAAGGUGUUACCUUCUUAUAUGGAAACAUUGAUGAAAACUCUGGAACCUCCAAAACAGAGCAGCGAUCCUGUGAAGGAGCUACAUAGCCAACUCAUCGAGAAGCUAGAGGCUCAGAAGAAGAGUCCUCCUAUGCCAGAGGAAACGCCAUCCAUGGAUCUCAGCCUGCACCCUGUGAAUGUUCCCACCACUGCCUCUACCCCGACGACAACUCUGUGACAUAGAAGACACAUUGAACAAUUUGAAUUAAGACUGAAUGUAAAUAUAGCUAUGUUGACUUAGAAAUAUAAAUAUAUUACUCUGUGUUUUAAAUGUUUAUUUGUACGUUAACUGAAACUGACAUUUCUUUGUAUGAAUGCCUCAGAGGGUUUUUUCAGCUUUUGAAUUUGUUUUGUCGUUGUCUCCAGCUAUUUUUGCAUUUAAGGUGGAAACCAGAACCUUUGCAUAUUCGUCCUUCCCCCCUAUCAUAUGGUCUUAAUAUGCUGUAUUUUCAUUCUGUUGUUUUGUGUUUAUAUGUUUCAAUAGAGUCACCAAUGCAAAAAAUUUAAAUAAAGUGCAAAUAAUUUUGAGGUA